ACAACUACCAUGUGUAGCUUUGCAUGCCACUCAAAGCGAACUUCCUCACAUCUGUCAUCACACUUCUCAAAUCCCUCCACCUUCAAAAGAAUCGGCACAAACACAUUCCCAUACUCCACUCUCUCUCUCUCUCUCUCUCUCUACUUUUCUCUCUUUAUCUGUCUCUCUUUCUCUGUCUGCCUGUUUGGUAAGAGCUGUUUACAGGUGGAACAGAUUAUUGAAGGUUAGCUGGGAAGACAACAAUGGCAGAUCGCCAAACCGGCCCAGGCCAAGGCCAAGGCCAGAGAAAUGUGUUAAGAACUAGCAGCGGUUGUGAAACGUUUCUGAGGAGACUCCAAGACCAUGCACCCAAUUCAACCCAACUAGUCGGGUUCCUAACGUUGGUAAUUUCAGGGGGAAUCUUGCUUCUCCUGACGGGGCUAACGCUGACGGCAACCGUGUUGGGUCUGAUCUUCUUCACGCCGUUGAUUGUAAUAUCAAGCCCCAUAUGGGUCCCGGCAGGGACGAUACUGUUCGUGUCCAUCGCAGGGCUUUUGUCUAUGUGUGGGUUUGGUGUCGCCGUCUUGGCCGGGGCGUCCUGGUUGUACAAGUACUUCCGUGGGUGGCACCCGCCGGGCUCCGACCGCGUCGACUAUGCGCGAAGUAGGAUCGCCGACACGGCCAACCACAUGAAGGAUUACGCCAGGGAGUAUGGUGGGUACUUGCAGAGUAAGGUUAGAGAUGCCGCUCCUGGGGCUUGAGUCCUCGAUUGACCAGACCCUCCGAUGAGGAUACAGGGUGAUCGUGAUCGGGUUUUGUUUCUUUGCUUUUGGUGGUUCUGUUGUUUUUUGUUGUUGCAUCAAAACUCUUUCCUUUUUCUUAUAUGUAUUAUUUUUUUACAUCUUUGGACUUCUUCGUUUCCUGAGGUUUUUAUUUCUUCUUUUUAAUCCCUCUUUGGAAGGGGGAGGCGGAAUUAAGUGGAUAAGCUCAUGAGCGAGACUGAUCUUAGAGAAAAAAUUUUUUGAUGGAUCGA